UGGCGUGCGUGUGACGUCACGGGCGCGACGGUCUCAACUCUUCCUAGUUUCUCUUUAGACGGCGGUUGAGUCAAUUUCCAAGUAGGUUUGGAAGUCUUUCCAUAGGUACAAGUAAGCUAUCUGAUAUGCCACUUGAAUUAAUAAAAGAAGUCAGUGGAGUGCCUGAAGUUGAUCUUUUAAGUAAAUUUCACAGAGUAGAUUUCAGAUCCCUACAGCCAGGUUGUGAUUAUAGCAAGACAUAUAUCCAGGGAAAACUUUCAUAUAUCUCUUCUUUAACUUAUGGUGGAAACAGAGCAGCUGCUUUGAAGAUUGGACUGCAAGAACAAGAAAAUUCAAAUUCAGAGGUCAACACCAUCAAUGUAUUAUUUUUUGGAAAAUUAGCAAAGGACUGUGCUAAAGUUUUCUAUAAAGGGGACACCAUUGCAGUGGCUGGAUUUGUUGUUUUGACAGCAUCUGCAUCUACAAGCAGAGAUAGUAAACAUUGCUUAUUUUUGAAAGCAUCUGAAGACUUCAGAUCAACUGUUUAUGUUUAUGUUAAAUGCGUCAGAGAUUUUUCUACUGAAUCAAUGUCUUUGAUUCAAGCAACACAUUAUGUAUAUACACCCCUGAAUCAACUCAAGAGUGGCAUGAUUGUCAAUGUCUAUGGUGUUGUGAAGUUCUUUAAGCCUCCAUAUCUAAGCAAAGGAACUGGUAAAAUGUUUUUGUGUUUUCCAGAUUAUUGCUCGGUUGUAACAAUUGUGGACCAGACAAAUGUAAAGUUAACCUGCCUGUUCUUUAGUGGAAAUUAUGAAGCCCUUCCAAUUAUUUAUAAAAAUGGAGAUAUUGUUCGCUUUCACAGGCUGAAGAUCCAAGUAUAUAAAAACGAGACUCAAGGUAUUGCCAGCUCUGGCUUUGCAUCUUUGACAUUUGAGGGAACUCUGGGAGCUCCUAUCAUACCUCGUACUUCAAGCAAGUGUUUUAAUUUCACUGCUGAGGACGAAAAAAUGGUGGAAGCCUUACGUGUUUGGGCAUCUACUCAUAUUUCACCUUCUUCAACGUUAGUGAAAUUGUGUGAUGUUCAGCCAAUGCAGUAUUUUGACCUGACUUGUCAGCUCUUGGGCAAAGCACAGGUGGAUGGAGCAUCAUUUCUUCUAAAGGUAUGGGAUGGCACCAGGACCCCAUUCCCAUCUUGGAGAGUCUUAAUACAAGACUUUGUUCUUGAAGGUGAUUUAAGUCACAUCCAACGGCUGCAGAAUCUGACAAUAGACAUUUUAGUCUAUGAUAACCAUGUUCCAGUGGCCAAAUCUCUGAAGGUUGGGAGCUUUCUUAGAAUUUAUAGCCUCCAUACCAAGCUUCAGUCAGUCAAUUCUGAAAACAUGGCAACAUUUUUAGCCCUAGAGUUUCAUCUCCAUGGAGGCACCAGUUAUGGUCGGGGAAUCAGAGUGUUGCCAGAAAGUAACUCAGAUGUGGAUCAACUGAAAAAGGUUUUAGAAUCUGCAGAUUUGCCAGCCAAUCAGUCUUUUGGUGGUAUCUGUCAAUCAGAACAUGAGGACAGCUUUUCAAACAUUUCAAGCUCUGGAUCAGUAUCACUAUAUGAGGUAGAAAGAUGUCAGCAACUAUCAGCUACAGUGCUUACAGAUCAUCAAUAUUUGGAGAAAACGCCACUCUGUGCUAUUCUGAAACAAAAAGCUCCCCAACAGUACCGCAUCCGAGCAAAACUGAGGUCGUAUAAGCCCAGAAGGCUCUGUCAGUCUGUUAAACUUUCUUGUCCUAAGUGUCAUUCACUGCAAGAAGUUCCACAUGAGGGUGAUUUGGAUAAAAUUUUGCAAGAGGGUGCAACCAAAACCCCAGAUAUCAAACUACAAAACACAUCAUUAUAUGAUUCAAAAAUCUGGACCACUAAAGAUCAAGGAGAACGAAAAGUAGCUGUUCAUUUUGUGAAAAAUAAUGAUAUUCUCCCAUUUUCAAAUAACUGUCUAAUUUUGAUAGAAGGAGGUACACUCAGUGAAAUCUGUAAACUCUCAAACAAGUUUCAUAGUGUAAUUCCUGUGAGAUCUGGCCCAGAAGACCUGGAAGUCCUCGACCUUUCAGCACCAUUCCUUAUACAAAGGAAAGUGCAUCACUAUGGGUGUAAACAAUGUUCUAAUCUGAGACCAAUACAAAAUCUAAAUUCCCUGGUUGAUAAAAGAUCGUGGAUUCCUUCUUCUGUGGCAGAAGUACUAGGUAUUGUACCCCUCCAAUACGUGUUUGUGAUGACAUUUACUCUUGAUGAUGGAACAGGAGUGUUGGAAGCUUAUCUUAUGGAUUCUGAAAAAUUCUUCCAGAUUCCAGCAUCAGAAGUCCUACUCAAUGACAACCUUCAGCAAAGUAUAGAUAUGAUCAUGGAUAUGUUUUGUCCUCCAGAAGUAAAAAUUGAUGCGUAUCCAUGGUUGGAGUGCUUCAUCAAGUCGUAUAAUGUCACAAGUGGAACAGAGCAGCAAAUUUGCUAUCAGAUUUUUGACACCACAGUUGCAGAAGACCUUAUCUAAUUUUGACAUUCAACUUAGCAUAUGUAAAAUAUUUUAAUUUUAGAAAACAUUACUAUUUUUUAUGAGAUUGCUAUAAAACACAUACACGAGUUAGCUCUGUAUUUUCCAUUUUAACAGCUAUCUAAAAAAAUUUUAACAAAUAGACAUUGCAUUAUCUUAACUCCCUCUUGUAAGUUAAAAAUGUUCCUGUUGCUCAGAAUACCCAGUAUGCUGGCUGCGAGGGAUAUAUAAAGAGAGACAUCAAAUAAAUAAGGACUGUUUUCAUUUACUCUCUGCAGUCCUUUCAAAGAAGAUAUUUUGUUACCCUACCCUAAAAUAUCACUCUCCCUUUUGGUUUUUCCACAUAUCAGCCACUGAUUGCUCUGCCAUCCACCAUCCCUGGUUGAGCUGCUUUUUCUGCCCUGAUUUUUACAUCAGCAGUGGUUGGUGAUUUUAGCAUGCGUAUGGGAUUAGGAAAUGUCCUUACCUUAAAUCUCUCCGCUUCUACUGAGUGCAAGGAUUUGUUUGAUUUGUUUUGUUUUUGUACAAAGGAAUCUGCUUAAACAAGUACUCCUGGAAGAGGUGCUGGUCUGAGUGAGCUACAGUGUGCUUGAGAGAGUGAUUUGCUCUAAGUGGAGGUGCCAGAAUUGCUUCCUUUAGGUGUUGAUACUGACCAACGGAGGAUAAAUCCAUUUUUUUCAGACCCGAA